GCACAACAAAAAGCGACUGAAUUUCCCUUUUUUUCUUUACUACCUUUUUACAUUUGUUCUAAUCGCAAUCAUGUCCAAGGCUGUUGGAAUUGAUCUUGGAACCACAUACUCAUGUGUCGGUGUCUGGCAAAACGAUCGUGUUGAGAUCAUUGCCAACGACCAGGGUAACCGUACUACUCCUUCAUACGUUGCCUUCUCUGAUAGCGAACGUCUCAUUGGUGAUGCCGCCAAGAACCAGGUCGCCAUGAACCCCACCAACACAGUCUUUGAUGCCAAGCGUCUGAUUGGUCGUCGUUUUGAAGAUGCCGAAGUCCAGUCUGACAUGAAGCACUGGUCCUUCAAGGUUGUUGACAAAGGUGGCAAGCCCAUCAUCCAGGUCGAGUUCAAGGGUGAGACCAAGACCUUCACUCCAGAGGAAAUCUCGUCAAUGGUUCUUCUCAAGAUGAAGGAAACCGCCGAGGCUUACCUCGGUACCGUUGUCAAGGAUGCCGUUGUUACCGUUCCCGCCUAUUUCAAUGACUCUCAGCGUCAGGCUACCAAGGAUGCUGGUGUCAUUUCCGGUCUCAAUGUGCUCCGUAUCAUCAACGAGCCCACUGCUGCUGCCAUUGCUUACGGUCUUGACAAGAAGACUGCUGGUGAAAAGAAUGUUCUCAUUUUCGAUCUUGGUGGUGGUACUUUUGAUGUGUCUCUUCUUACCAUUGAAGACGGCAUUUUCGAAGUCAAGGCCACUGCUGGUGACACCCAUCUUGGUGGUGAGGACUUUGACAAUCGUCUCGUCUCUCACUUCUCUGACGAGUUCAAGCGCAAGUACAAGAAGGACUUGACCACCAACGCUCGUUCUCUUCGUCGUCUCCGCACUGCUUGCGAGCGUGCAAAGCGUACCCUUUCGUCUGCUGCACAGACCACCAUAGAAAUCGACUCGCUCUUUGAGGGUGUUGACUUUUAUACCUCCAUCACCCGUGCUCGUUUCGAGGAGCUCUGCGCUGAUCUUUUCCGUGGAACCAUUGAUCCCGUUGACAAGGUUCUGCGCGACUCCAAGAUUGACAAGGGCUCUGUCCACGAAGUUGUCCUUGUCGGUGGAUCCACCCGUAUCCCCAAGAUUCAAAAGCUUAUUUCUGACUACUUUAACGGAAAGGAGCCCAACAAGUCCAUCAACCCCGAUGAGGCUGUUGCAUAUGGUGCUGCCGUUCAGGCUGCCAUUCUCACUGGUGAUACUUCUGAGAAGACUCAGGAUCUUCUUCUUCUUGAUGUUGCACCCCUUUCUCUCGGUAUCGAGACUGCUGGUGGUGUCAUGACUCCCCUUAUCAAGCGUAACACCACUGUUCCCACCAAGAAGUCCGAGACUUUCUCCACCUUUGCUGAUAACCAGCCCGGUGUGCUUAUUCAGGUCUUUGAAGGUGAGCGUACUCGCACCAAGGACAACAACUUGCUUGGCAAAUUCGAGCUUGCUGGUAUCCCCCCUGCACCCCGUGGUGUUCCUCAAAUUGAGGUCACUUUUGAUGUUGAUGCCAACGGUAUCUUGAACGUUCACGCCAUUGACAAGACUACCGGCCGAUCCAACAAGAUCACCAUCACCAACGACAAAGGUCGUCUUUCCAAGGAAGACAUUGAGCGUAUGGUUGCCGAGGCUGAAAAGUACAAGGCUGAGGAUGAGGCAGCUGCUGAGCGUGUUCAGUCCAAGAACGCUCUCGAGUCCUAUGCUUACAACCUCCGUAACACUCUUCAGGAUGAAAAGGUCGGUGGCAAGCUCGAGGCUGCAGACAAGACCAAGCUUGAGGCUGCUAUUGACGAGGCUAUCAAGUGGCUCGACCGUAACCACGAGGCUGACAAGGAAGAGUAUGAACAUCACCAGAAGGAGCUUGAGAAGGUUGCAAACCCCAUCAUGAUGAAGCUUUACUCUGCUGGCGGUGCUCCAGGCGCUGGAGGUCCAGGUGGCUUCCCAGGUGCUGGUGCUCCAGGUGGUUUCCCAGGUGCUGGUGGCGAUGCCGGCCCUACUGUUGAAGAAGUUGAUUAAUUGAAUCGCGCUGAUCUAACUGAAUUCACAAUAGCUUUAACUUUUUUACCAAACUUUUCUAUAUGGUUUUAUGUUGAAAAUGAACUUCUGCAUCACAUCUUUUACAACCGU